AUGGGUGUUCUUCUGUCCAAGAAGAAAAACGAGAAGCGACAGAGCUUCCAGGUAUUAACGAAAAAAACUUGUUCAAGUAUACUGAGAUGGCUGUAGUUUAACUUUAGAACAGCGAUAUAUCAGCUGCGUGUUGUCACCCCUAAACCGAAGUGUUUUAAAUAGAAAUUCUGACCAAAAGAGGAAAACAAAGUGCACCAAGAAAUAAGUUUGGGAAGGACACGGGUGAUGUCACUGGAGAUAACUCUUGGUUUUGUUUUAUUUUAUCACUUGUCAUUAGGUCAGUGCAGCUCCACAGGACGAAGACCAAACGAGAGAGGAGGCCGCUGGCCCAAGUGAUCGGGAAGACCCCACGGGAAAAAGGAGGAACGAAGAUGACGACUCAGAAUCUCAGAAGAGUUCCGAAGACGAAAGGGAGCCGAAAAGUGACGAUGAUGACUCCGAGAACGAGGAGAAGGACGAAAGUAAAUCUGACCAGGAAGAAAGCGCCAGUGAAGACAAUGAAGACAAAAAGAACAGAAGCAGUUCUUCGGCAAGCAGCAAGGAGAGCAAAUCAUCUCAAGAGGAUGAAGAAAAACGGGAAGGAGUUGAGGAGGAAAAAGACGAAGAGGUGGAAGUAAAAGAAGGCAGUAUUAAAGAUGUCGUCUUGGAUCAGACUGAGGUGAACUUAAGUUACGAGAAAAAAGUAGAGAAAGCCUUGGUUGGUGAUAUGGAUUUUGAAUAUCCAGAAAAAGCGAAAAUCGUAAGGAUCUUUACCAGCUCCACAUUCACAGGUAUUUUUUCUUACCAUUUCGUGAAAUAGUUCAUGUUUUGAUCGGAGAUGAUAUACAAACAACGAAAUAAUCAUUAAAAGUGAUUUACAAUUAAUUGAAUUGCAUAAAAAGAAUCCUAUAAAAAUUCAGGCUUCGACGGGAUUUGAAUCCGCACUGAGGAGAGGCUUAAUUCCAAAGAUGAAUUUUCGAAGACCACUUAACUUAUUUAGUUUUUAGACUCAAAGAGUGUGACAUCACAUAAAGCGGGGGUAGUGCUUGGUUUAGCGGAGACGAUAAGACAAUGCAUGAGAUGAGCACAUGAGCUUAGUUAUUUCUUUGCCUUUUUUUGCUAAAUUUUAUAGACUUUACCAGAGUUGCUGCUCAUUAAUUUCAGAAUCCUUCGUUUCGUGCGAGGUAAGGAUCGAACGUAUUGGCUUACGGUCUUUGUUUCACUUUUAGACACUUCAGUGGAGCGUAACACAUUAAUGGAGCGAGUGUACCCCCGACUCAAGUCCUUCUGUCAGGAGAGAGGAUAUGACUUUCAAGUGGUGGACAUGAGAUGGGGAGUCCGUGACGAGUCCACUGAUGAUCACAUGACCACUGAGCUGUGCAUGAGAGAGCUACGCGCAUGUCAAAAACUGUCCACUGGACCUAACUUCAUCGUAAGUUUGAUUCGAAGCGAGAUGCAGAAUCCCUUGUAUGCUGUAGGUGAUUAUCCUAGAAGCACGUCUCACAUGUUUGCUUUUCUUCAGACCUUUCUAGGACAAAAAUAUGGUUACCGUCCUUUUCCAGUGAAGAUUCAUGUCACUGAGUUUGAGAAGCUCCUCGGCGCAGUUGACAACCAAGAUGAUGUUGCACUACUGAAACACUGGUUCUGGCGAGACGACAACUCAGUUCCAGCUCAAUACCUGUUACAGCCAAUCACAUCACUGCUACCUCACUACAGAGACUACGCGAAUGAAGAGUCACGAAAGAAGGCGUCUGCUGAAUGGUGGACAGCAUUUGAAAGAAUGCAGGUUGUAUUGAGGGCAGCCACUGACAAAGCUUUAAAAAAUGAGAGUGAGCGACAUAAGUACUAUAUGUCAGGUAUGUGGUAACGGUGUUCACCUCAUUAACAUCCUUUCAUAUUGUCCAAUCAGAACAGAGAAAAUAUCACAACGAGCCAAUCAGAUCUAGAAGUAAAAACAAGAAAUUUGCAUGGAUCGCGGGAAAACUCGAAUUAAUCAUUAGGCUUUGGCUUGGGAUUUACAUCUGAUUGAUUAAGUGGGUGGCACGAAAUUUCUUGACCAAUCACAGGGCAAAGUGAAGGAAAACUAAUAAAAUCUCAGAUAUUUUUCGGAACACAAUGGAAGUUCUGACUGAUCAAUAUGUUGCAAUGGUACGAGUCCGUUCAAUAGCUCACUUUUCCUUCGGCGAUGAAGGAUUCUGGAAGACUUACCAGACAAAGAUUGUAAGAGGUUGUUUUUAGAUGGUUCUAUCAGUUCUACUGGAUUUCCAAAGAAGGCUUACUCUGCUCAGUCCAUACAUAUAGACUUCAAUACUCAACUUAAGAUAGAAAGCGAUUCACCUAAAAUAAGCCGUCCCGUUUUUCCUUUUGAAACAUAGUCGCUCAAAACGUGUAGUCCGAUAGCUCACUUGUAUUCUCCAAAAUUCUCAUCUGUUCUUAAAUUUUUACUAUUCCUAAGCAUUCCAGUGGGUUCAGAGAUUCUCCUGGAGUGCAAAUUAGUCCCCUUUCUUAGCACUACCUUGAAAACAAUGGAUAAAAUAUACGCGAAUAUUUACCUGUUUUCUUUAGCGUAUUAAAGUGCCUCCUUUCUUUUCUUCCUUUAGUGACAGAGGAUGAAAUUCGACGAGGGAUAAUCGACGCUACUGGAAGGGACAAGCACUGUUUCUGGUUCAAGAGAGUAAUCACUGAUAUCAGUGAUUUUGUCGCACAUCCCAACGCUGGAAAGUUUGUUGACAAAACUUGGGGAAAUCCCUCGUCGGUCGAUGAGUCGGCGCAGACGUUGCUAGCAAACCUCAGAGAAAAAGAUCUUCCCGAGGCGUUGAGCAAUAACAGCAUUAUUCACUAUGACGUCAAAUGGCAUACUAAUGGUAUCGAUCCGAGUGCUUCACAGGAGCACAGGCAAUACAUUGAGAAGCUUUGUACGGAUUUUUAUGACACCUUAACUGACAGAAUUGAACGAGGUAUCGCGGAAGACCAACUAACCCACACAGAGGAUCUUUUGAUUGAAGAAGUGUUCCAACAUGGUUCGUUUUGUAGGAAGAAAUGUGAGAUGUUUCAGGGCCGAGACGAAUUUUUGACCGAGGUGAAAGACACAAUCUUGCAAAAACGAAUUGCUGUGUUGCAUGGGGAAUCAGGUUGUGGGAAGACAUCUUUGAUGGCUAAAAUUGCCAUGGAUGUGAAGAAAUGGCUCGGUGGAGAAUCGGCUACAGUGGUGACUCGAUUUAUUGGAACAACUCCAGAUUCGUCUAAUGCAAGAUCAUUGCUACACAGUAUCUGUCAACAAAUUUUAAAGGCUAAUGUGGAUUCCCAGGGUGCAACAGUGCCGCAGGUGAGUGAUGUUUGUAAGUAAUCCGGGAUUGCAUCUGUAAAGUUUUUCUUUUCCCCAACACCCUAAGCCUAACCCUAACUCAAUUAUCACAUUACAAAUUAAAGCCAAUCGCGAUUGCAAUUUUGUGGCGUCUCUCUCCGCUUAUAAGUACUUAUUUUGGCUUCUCAAUGGCUCCUUACGGUUACUUUAUUUGCUCUGACUGGGUUUGAUGAUUACCUAAGUCUUUUUCGAAAACCGCUCCAAUUGUCUUUAGCUCUAUGUAGUGUGGAGUGGUUUUAAAUGGGUCAUCUAAUGUUUACCACAUUAGUAACCAUUAAAAAGAGAAGGCACUGCUCAAAAAUUCGCAAACUAUGGCUGGCGCUUUCCAGAUUUCAAGUAUCUCAAAGAGUUACACGAAAUUCUUUAACAAAAUGGGCUAAUUAAUUUUCUUCAAUAGGAUAUGAAGUCUCUACUGGAAUUUUUCCCUACAUGUUUGAAAGAAAACGCCUCGUCGAAGCCUAUCAUCUUGGUACUGGACUCCCUGGAUCAACUGUCGGAUGAUGACGGAGGUAGAGAGGUGGACUGGGUGCCCAAGGAGAUACCGAAAAAUGUUUAUAUGAUUUUGUCAACACUUCCUGGAGAAAAGUACAUUUGCUUCCCCAAGCUUCAGGUAAAUGCCCGCGUUUUAAUGUAGAAUGUCUCUGAUCCCAUUAAUAAGGUUUUCGUUAACGAGCUGAAUGCAAUUGUUUAACACUAAAGUUGUGAGAGAUUCAGGGAGACCUACGCAAACUGCCAACCCCCGCAGGCUAUCACUUAAGUAACUUGGUACAUAACAACCAUUUAUUUUUGACCUUCGAAAAUAAGAAAAUAUUUUUUUUAGUGUCAAUGAUGUCAGUUCAUGCUAGGAAGUACAGCUGCACAUAACAAUCUCUCACGUUAUUCAAUAAUGUUGACUUUAUUUAACUCUAGGAAAAAUACGAGGCCUCUGUCCUUCUAGAAGUUCCAAAAAUGCCUGUCGACACAGCGAAGCAAAUACUUAACAACUGGUUCAAAUCAAGUGGACGACAGCUGCAAAUUGAGCAAGAGAAGAUUGUCUUGGAGGCCUUUGAAAAGUGUCCGUUACCUUUGUACCUAAAAUUAUGUUUUGAUGAAGCCUGUCGAUGGAAAUCCUACACGACUCCAAGUGAUACCAAACUGACGCCAUCUAUAAAAGGAAUAAUCCAUGACCUUCUUGACCGUGUUGAGAGACUUCACGGUAAAAUCCUUGUAAGCCAAGCUUUAGCAUACAUUACAGCGUCUAGGAAUGGGUUGACGGAGCCCGAGCUGGAGGACAUCUUGUCCCUGGAUGAUGUGGUCCUUAAUGAUGUCUAUCAAUACUGGACACCACCUAUUCGACGGCUGCCUCCUCUACUGUGGAUUCGAAUCCGAUCCGACAUUGGAGACUACCUCAUUGAACGAGGUGCCGAUGGCGCUCGAGUCAUUAACUGGUAUCAUCGGCAGUUCAUAGAAGUUGCUCGCGAGCGCUACCUUGGAGACGAACAAGCAGCAGUUGGGAUCCAUUCAAACAUGAGCGAGUAUUUCCUCGGCGACUGGUCAGACGGCGUGAAGAAGUCUUACGUGGACAAGGAGGGCAAGAAAAUGGCCGUGGAUCGACUGGUGCCCAAACAGCCGCUUAUGUUCGAUGUAAGUGAAGAAAAACCCAUCUUCAAUUUGCGCAAGCUGAGUGAAGUACCGUAUCACCUUCUUCAUUCCAAACAAAUUGAUAAGCUCAAGCAAGACACGUUGUGCAACUUCGAGUUCCUUUUAGCCAAGGUCCAAGGUAGUUCUGUGGAAGCAGUGCAACAGGAUUUCAAUGCCGCUCUUACCCUUCAUCCAGAUGACAGGGAGUUUGACCUCCUCCAAAAAUGCUUCAGUUUGUCAGCACACGCACUCAGGCAGGAUCCUCGUCAGCUGUCUGUGCAGCUCAUAGGUCGCCUGUACAAGUACAUGCAAAAGCAAGAAUGCCCAUUUCUGAAAAAGGUGUUAAUAGCUGCACAUACUCCAUCUGUACCUGCUUUCAUCCCAAACCAACAGUGCUUGACACCCGCUGGUGGCUCUCUGAUAAAUUCCAUAUCAAAUGAGGAAUUCCACGGCGGUAUCGAGCAUGUGAAUUUUACGAGUGAUUCCAAGACAAUCGUGACAUGUAAUCGAGGCUCAGAAGGACUAUGUUUGCUUUACGUUGAUGUGAAGGGUGGCAGGAGGCAGAGAAAGGUUUGCUUCGACUCUUCCGAUACGGAUGUAAACACAUGCUGGUGUGCAAAGAUAAGUAAAAAGAACGACGAUAUCUUUAUCGCAUCGGGGUCCUCGGCCAAUAUGUACCUUAUCAACGCGAGGGCGAACAAGAUUUUACAAGAGUACAAACCCAUGAAGGAUCAAGGGAACUGGUUCCGAGGAUUUCCUUCCGUUGCAUUUGCCGAGGAUGAUAAGCUGAUUGUUGCCCUUGGGGAUUCCGGUGUGCGAAUCUGGGAGACUGCAAGCGGUAAGCUUCUUCAUGACGUGAAUGUCAAAGGCAUCAACGUCGAAGAAGAAUUUGGAUCUUUGGACGCGAACGGAGGACUUGCUGUUUAUUGCGUUCGCAACACAAAGACGGUUCACGUUCUAAAUGUGAAAACUGGAGAGGAAGUUCGCACGGUAGGUACACUUUAAACCCUCUUGCUUCAUAUUUGAGAAUUUACUUUAAAGUUCGUGACCGUGAAUAGAUGACGCUUUGCGGUUUGGCUGCAAAGGGCGAUUAAAUUGAUCAAUAUUUGCCUUCAGUUCAAUUUGCCAAUCUUUUUUUUACCACUGGAUAGAUAGCGGUGUUAGGCCUGAGUGGAGUCCAAUUUGGUCUGUAAUCAUACGAUUUAUAACAAAAUCAGACGACCGCGCAGCGGGAGUCCGAUUUAUUUAUCACGAGUAUGAUUACCGACCGAAUUGGACGACACGAAGUCUUAUUACCAAUUAAUCAUAAAAAUUACAUUUCCGAGAAAAGAAGAGAAGAUGAGUUGCGAAAGAAAGGGAAACUUUGUAUUAAAAGACUGACAAAGGAGGCGUAAAUUGUUUAAUGUCGUUCUAAAAUUGACUACUUUGACAACUUUGAAUGUGAUUGGUUGAAUUAAACCACAACUUUGAAUGUGAUUAGCUUCUUGAAAUGUCCGAUAACAAACUGUCCGACUUGGCAAGUUAAUUUGUAGAAGAGUUUUUAAAACAAUCACAAUCGAGGAAAUUAUAAUUUUUAUGAUUAGGAUUAGAGAGCCUUGUCCAGGUGUAUGUUUGUCUUUCCACUUAUCAUUUAGUUCUCAUUACCUCCGACUCUAAUAUUGCCAUAAUUAAGUUGGUCAUCGCCUGAAACGUCAGUUUUAAAGAUGCCUCCCCCUCGACUACUCUACUUAACUUGCCCACAUAGUUUUAAAUCUUUGCAGGCACCAUCCUACCAUAUCACGACUCAGUUAAAUUCCAGGAACUGAAUAUUGUUUUUAGGAUACUUACUCCAACAUUCACUUUCAGAUAAACGUGGCGUUGGACAAAGAGGAGAUCCGAGGGGAGAUGCAAGACACGAAAGUAAAAGAAAUCCACCUUACUUCCAGAAAGCAGUUACUUGUGGUAUCAGAAGCCUCUGUUAAGUCACAGCUGAAGGUCUACAAUGCUGAAACGGGCGAGUAUAUUUUAGACCUCAAAGAGUUUGGAAUCGGUUACAACAACCGCCUCAUCGUAACUGAGGAUGGAAAGAAUGCGAUAGCUAUCAGAAACAAUUAUGAAUUGGUGAAGUGGGAAAUUCACACGGGCGAACCUACCAUCGUAGCGAGGUUGCAACCAGCAUUUGGUACUUAUGGACGUAAUGGAGAUGUCGUGGCAACUGCCGGAUCAGAUGGAGUUCUUCGGGUCUACGAUACAAGAGAAAAUGUUGAUGAGGACGAGACGGAUGUCACAGCCACUACGGCAGGUUUUGCUGAUUCAAUAUGGACGCUGACAGUUGCAGCAGAUAACCGGCAUGUGAUUGCGAGCUGCACUGUGAAGAUGAUGCCUGAAAUUGCCGUGUGGGAUGCUCUCGCUGGGGUCAAAGUCCGCUCUAUCAAGGCUAUGAACUUUCCUCAGCCACUGCACAUGAUAGACGAUAAGGUCGGUGUUGGUCGAAUGGCUGUUGGAGAAGCUAAGAAGGAUCACUUUGAUCACUUCAAGUUACUUGACUUUGGUCAGGCGAAAACGACUCGUGUUUUGCAAGGGAAAGCCAGCAAAAGACUGAAUGCUGUUGGAUUUAUAGACAAAAAGAAUUUCAUGGGGCUGUCACGUGGCAGACGGAAUUUAAAAGUUUGGAACGUUGACACAGGCAAGGUACGCAAAUAUUUCAUGUUUUACAGUCUUUUUAUUGCUAUAGAAAAUCAAAUAGUUGGUUGGUGACAAAGAAAGAAUUAUGAACUCCUCUCUUUACUUUACAGAACUCAAACUUAAGUACCUCUCUUUUUUCUAUUCACUGUGCUCACACAACGUUCAUGAGAUAGCUUAUCACAGCAAUAUGCAGGACCUUUGUCGCAUAAAAACCCCUUUAUGGCCUAGCUUAAUGGCCGAAUUCUCAGUAGCUCAGCGGUAUAGCACCGGAGCGCAAGCCCCAAAGGUCUAAGGAUCGAUUACCAAAAUGACCUCUCUUCCAAGGUUGCUGAAAUAAACGCACUUCGAAACCCACCCAGUUAAGCUCGUAGUCAGUGCAAUAUUUAUCUCCUUGGCUCAAGACAUAGCUUCGGUUUGAAUUACACUGUUUUGAAAUAGUGUAAUUAAUCCCAUACCCCGCCCGCUAAAAAAAAGACACAAUACAUCGGAGAUUACGAACUACCUAGAAAAAGUUCCAUGCCCUUACCGUGACUGGUAAAAAUUAGGUGGAGAAUUCUUAUGUCGUAAGCUGUUGGUUAAUCAAUAUUUGUUUUACGUGCAGGUUGUUGGACAAUAUAAACUUGGCCAGAAGUAUCGCCUUGAGGGGAUCUUAAUUUGCAAAGAUGGCGGCACGGUGAUCUGCUCUCAGGCCAGCUUCUACGUCGAGCAAGAAGAUCAAACAGUUCCCCUUUUGGUUUUUAACACCAAAACACACGGGCACAAGACUAUGGAACCCAUUAAAGACGAGCAGUUGGGAUUGGAUGGUUCAGCUAUCACUGAGGAUGGUAAAUACUUCAUCUUGCAGCUUAAAAACGACCAGGUAAGUGCAAUAUGGAACACAGAAACCGGCAAGCUGAUGCACACCUUAGAGGAAGGCUCAAGUGGGAGGAAUAUGGUUGCAAUAUCAUCGAAAAGCAUGCUCGCCUUAACAAGCCACGAGAGCCUUAAAGUUUGGGAGAUUCAAACUGGAAAGCUGGUUCACGACCUCUUUGCCACGGACAUCGACAAAAUUUAUCUCAACGAAGAAGGCACAAUCGCCAUUACCACUGAUUCCAAGGGGUAUCAGCCCCCAUCCUUCGAGGCUUGGGAUCUGAUAAAGGGCAAGAAGCUCGCCUCCUACACCGUCGACACAAAUCCGUUUGCAAUCUGUCCUCUCGGUGAUCACAUCGUCUUCGCAGCACCAGCUAGUGUUACAGUUACGACGCUCAGAUUGCAUAUUCCUGGAAGUGAGGAGAAGAAGCCAGCGCUUUCCUCGUAUGGCGACCACGUAGAGCUGAGCGAAUUUAAAGGAAUGAUGGGUCCCUGUGAUCCUAAUGAUGAUGACGACGACGAAGAUGAUGAUGAUGGCGAUAUUCAAUAA